AUGUCAAUUGGAAAUGGACCCCAAGCGUGGAAGACGGAGGAUGUCAAGCGCGACAAUUCAUGGAUUUUGCGCCUGACCUCCGAGGAAGUCGAGGGCUUCCGUACCGCGCUUGCCCACGCAAAGGCACACCCUAAGGCUCUCCUUGACAUGACACAAGCCGAUUACCCGCUGCCAGAGGUCUCUGCAAAGGCCCUGCAGCGCGCCAUCGCUACCACCCAAGACCGCUGGGGCAUGUGCCUAGUGAAGGGCUUCCCUACCAACGAAUGGUCCGAAGCAGAUAUGCGUGUUGCCUAUUGGGGUAUGGGUCUUUAUAUGGGUGUUGGUCGUACUCAAAACCGCGCAAGUGAGGUGAUCAAUGACGUGCGGGAUGCCGGCGGGAGCUAUAAAGUCAAGGGCGGCCGUGGAUACAACACCAAUGCCGGUCUUGACUUCCACCAGGACUCGGCGGACGUGGUGGCCCUUUUGUGCCGCCGCACUGCCAAGGAGGGAGGAACCUCUAAGGUCAUGAGCAGCAUUGCGCUGCGCGACCGUGUCGCUGAGCUACGCCCUGAUCUACUCCCUGUUCUCGAGUCCAACAACUGGUUCCACAGCUUCCAGAACGCCCAAGAUCCUACCCAGCCCCCCUACUACCGUUGCCCCAUCAUCGGGAAGAGCGGUGCUUACUUCUGCGCCCGUGCCAACCGCAAGAACACCGUUGCCGCGCAGCGCGACUUCUCUGAAGUGCCGCGGCUUACUGCACAGCAGGAAGAAGCCCUCGAUCUUCUCGACACUAUCAUGCCGACGGACGAGUAUUGCUAUAGCAUGGAACUGGAAGUCGGGGAUAUGCAACUGCUUAACAGCUUCGUGACGCUGCACUCGCGUACGCCCUUUGUGGAUUAUGAGCUGCCAGAUGAGAAGCGUCACCUCAUGCGCCUGUGGCUCUCCAUUCCCACCUCUCAGCCUCUGCCUCCACAGUGGGCCGAGUACUGGGGCGACGUCCGGGCUGGCGCAGUUCGUGGUGGUGUCCGGGGGAGUGCCAUCACUGAUGACUUCCUGAAAUAUGAGAAGCGUCAGGCCGAGGCCAUGAAUAUGCCUCUGACUGGGUUCAAGCCACUCGUGACGCAAGAGGAGAUGAGUAAGAUUGUCGCGGCGAACUAA